AUGGCCACCGGCAGCCACAGGGACCUGGCUGGCAGCUCAGACCCCCGAUGCUCCCCACAGGACUACCACAGCCCCCAGGACAGCACAGCCCUUCUGCCACCAGCCCUGAGGCCCUGGGAGGCAUCUCAGGACAGGGACAACCCGCUGCAGUGGCAGCAUCCUGCUCUCGCAGGCAGGCCGGCCACGGGGCAGGCAGGCAGCGGGCAGGGGCGUCGGGCAGGGAUCCUGCAGCUCCCACAGCCCGCGGACCGCUCUCCAUCUCCCCGCGUGUCCGGGGCGCUCGGAGGUGACAUCCCACCGCCGUGCCCUCCCCAGCCGUGCCCUAACAGCUGCUCUCGCCCCUUCCCCAGCACGUCGCAGGCGGGUGGCAGCCCCCGGGCCGAGGACCCGGGGCCGUGUGUCGGGGCGCACUCGCGCACCCCGAGCCGGGGCAGCCAGCGCGUCGAGUGCAUCAUCUGCUACUCCUCCUACGACCUGGGCGUGCGGCUGCCGCGGCGCCUCUACUGCGGCCACACCUUCUGCCAGGCGUGCCUGAAGCGCCUGGACGCGGUCAGCAACGAGCAGCGCUGGAUCCCGUGCCCGCAGUGCCGCCAGAGCACGCCCACGCCGCGCGGCGGGGUCCCCAUGCUGGACCUCGACCUGGCCGCCUUCCUGGCCCUCAGGGCUGAGCGGCAGCAGCCGCGGGCGGCCGGCAGCGCCCCGGCCUCGCCGCCCGCCAAGGCUGCCAAGGAGCCGGCGGGGCCCGAGCAGCCGAGGUAG